AUGACACGACCUAUACUUUCAGAGAGACUGGCUAAAUGGGCUCUCUUCUUGUUAGAAUUUGACAUCACCUAUGUCUCACAGAAGGCUAUGAAAGGACAGACACUAGUAGACUUUCUUGUAGAUCACCCCAUUCUAGCAGAUUGGGAACUCUCCGAAGACCUUCUUGAUGAAGAGAUUUUCUACAUAGACAUCUUACCAGCAUGGGUGAUGUUUUUUGAUGGAGCAACACACAAAGAUGGUGCAGGUGCCGGUGUUGUAUUUGUCUCGCCACAAAGAGAAAUUCUCACAUUCUUAUUUGUCUUAACUGAGCUUUGCUCUAACAACAUGGCGGAGUACCAAGCUUUAAUCAUUGGCUUAGAAAUGGCUAUUGACUUGGAAAUCCACUACCUUACAGUCUAUGGGGACUCGAAAUUGGUAAUCAACCAAUUGAAGAUAGAGCAUGAAGUGCACAAGGACGACCUAGUUCUCUAUUACCACUAUGCAAUCCAAUUACUGAAGGAGUUCGAGCAUGUUACCAUUGAACAUGUACCCAGAAGCAAAAACAAGCAAGCUGAUGCCCUUGCCAAUCUAGCUGCAGUCUUAGCACUCACGAGUGAUGAAGCAAUAGCAAUACCCAUUUGUGCAAAAUGGGUUCUCCCCUUUAAGUCACCUCAGGAAGAGAUAGAGCAAGAAAGCAAUGUGGCUUUUGUAUUUUCUAUAGAUGUUGAGGACUGGAGACAACCCUUCAUCAACUAUUUGCAGCAUGGGAAGUUGCCCGAAGAUCCCAAGCAUAGAGAUGAGAUACGGCGUUGA